CAUCACCAGUUGCUAAAUCUCAAUCCCACCAUAAAAUCGAGCAACCGGCCGAAUUGAAGGAUGGCGGGAGGUCUAGUCAGGUACCGACACUUAAGUCGGAAGUCCUCUCACCGACAGGCGCUAUUGCGAAAUCUGUUGACGGCCCUCGUCCAGCACGAGCGAAUCCACACGACAUGGCCUAAGGCCAAGGAAACCCAGCGGUUAGCCGACAAGCUGAUCACCAUUGCGAAGCGGAACAACGAGACGAGUAGGCGGAAAGCCCAGGGAAUAUUAUAUACCCCCCACAACCUCAUGCCCAAACUCUUCGGCGAGCUACGUCUACGAUAUGCCGAUCGCCCGGGCGGAUACACGCGGGUGCUACGCACGGAGCCGAAGUCUCGAUACGACCAAGGCGCAAGCGCAAUUCUCGAGCUCGUCGACGGGCCACGAGACCUACGUUUCGCAAUAACCGCCGGCGCCGUAGCGCGAGACCAGAAAUUAGGGCGGGAGUCCACGCCACUAACAGAAAUGAACCGGAGGAAAGUGACGCGGUACCGGAAGGAUGGGCCUGCGGCUUUCGAUGAGAUGGUGAAGAAGGUUUCGAAGAUGAGCUUGGAGAAGAGGACGGUGGAUGUGCAGAAGGGGUCGUUCGACUGAUGGGAGAGUUUCGGUAGGCACGAAACUAGGGAUAUUUGAAUCCUAAAGGGAUAUCUGCCGUAGCCUGCUCAAGAGGGGAUCAAGUAUGAUUCUCGGACUGGGCACUACGGGUGUUGUAUGAAAUAUGUACCAAUACUACAGCACACACAAAUCAAAAAAAUCACAAUCCA